AUGUAAACAACUUUACCAAUUAUAAGAUUGUAAAGUGAGUACACAUUUAAAAAGGAUAUUAGUCCUGUAAUAGAGUUACUAGCAGAAUUUAUAUUAGUUGAAAAAGCUGGAUAAGGUCGGUGA